GGGCCGGACGCGGGCCGGCGGCGCAUGCUCGGUAGUGCGGCCAGCUCCGCCGCCGCCGCCGCCGCCGGCGCCACCGCCCACUUGGGGCUGGCCAGAGGCAGGCAGCCGGGGUGCAGAGUUGGGUAGGGCUGGGCGAGCGCACGGCCAUGGCCCCGUGGCUGCAGCUCUGCUCCGUCUUCUUCACGGUCAACGCCUGCCUCAACGGCUCGCAGCUGGCCGUAGCGGCAGGCGGCUCCAGCAGAGCGCGGGGCGCCGACACCUGCGGCUGGAGGGGAGUGGGGCCGGCCAGCAGAAACAGCGGGCUGCACAACAUCACCUUCCGAUAUGACAAUUGCACCACUUACUUGAAUCCGGUGGGGAAGCACGUAAUUGCUGACGCCCAGAACAUCACCAUCAAUCAGUACGCUUGCCAUGACCAAGUGGCAGUCACCAUUCUUUGGUCCCCAGGUGCUCUCGGCAUCGAAUUCCUAAAAGGAUUUCGAGUAAUACUGGAGGAGCUAAAGUCGGAGGGAAGACGGUGCCAACAACUGAUUCUAAAGGACCCAAAGCAGCUCAACAGUAGCUUCAAAAGAACCGGAAUGGAAUCUCAACCUUUCCUGAAUAUGAAAUUUGAAACGGAUUACUUUGUGAAGAUCGUCCCUUUUCCUUCCAUUAAAAAUGAAAGCAAUUACCACCCUUUCUUCUUUAGAACCCGUGCCUGCGACCUGUUGCUGCAGCCGGACAACCUGGCCUGUAAGCCGUUCUGGAAGCCUCGGAACCUGAACAUCACUCAGCAUGGUUUGGACAUGCAGGUGUCCUUUGAUCCCGCGCCACACACCUUUGGCUUCCGUUUCUUCUAUCUUCACUAUAAGCUCAAGCAUGAAGGGCCUUUCAGAAGAAAGACCUGUAAACAGGAGCAAAAUACAGAGACAACCAGCUGCCUCCUUCAAAACGUUUCUCCUGGGGAUUAUAUAAUUGAGCUGGUGGAUGACACUAAUACAACAAGGAAAGUGAUGCACUAUGCCUUAAAGCCAGCACACUCCCCAUGGGCUGGGCCCAUCAGGGCUGUUGCCAUCACUGUGCCUUUGGUUGUCAUCUCGGCAUUUGCAACCCUCUUCACCGUGAUGUGCCGCAAGAAACAACAAGAAAAUAUAUAUUCACAUUUAGAUGAAGAGAGUUCUGAGUCGUCCUCGUACACCACGGUGCUCCCCAGGGAGAGGCUCCGGCCACGGCCCAAGGUCUUCCUCUGCUAUUCCAGCAAAGAUGGCCAGAACCACAUGAACGUUGUCCGGUGUUUUGCCUACUUCCUCCAGGACUUCUGUGGCUGUGAGGUGGCUCUGGACCUGUGGGAGGACUUCAGCCUCUGCCGAGAAGGGCAGAGAGAAUGGGUCAUCCAGAAGAUCCACGAGUCCCAGUUCAUCAUCGUGGUGUGUUCCAAAGGCAUGAAGUACUUCGUGGACAAGAAGAACUACAAGCACAAAGGCAGCGGCCGCGGCUCGGGGAAAGGGGAGCUCUUCCUGGUGGCGGUGGCAGCCAUCGCGGAGAAGCUCCGCCAGGCCAAGCAGAGCUCCUCCGCCCAGCUCAGCAAGUUCAUCGCCGUGUACUUCGAUUAUUCCUGCGAGGGCGAUGUUCCCGGCGUCCUGGACCUGAGCACCAAGUACAAGCUCAUGGACAACCUUCCCCAGCUCUGUUCCCACCUGCACUCCAGAGACCAGGGCCUCCUGGAGCCUGGGCAGUACCUGGGACAGGUGAGCAGAAGGAACUACUUUCGCAGCAAGUCAGGCCGGUCCCUUUACGUCGCCAUUUGCAACAUGCACCAGUUUAUCGACGAGGAGCCCGACUGGUUUGAGAAGCAGUUCAUCCCUCUCCGGCCUCCCCCACUCCACUCCCGAGAGCCCGUGCUGGAGAAGUUUGACUCGGGCUUGGUGUUAAAUGAUGUCAUGUGCAAACCAGAGCCCGACGGCGAUUUCUGCCUCAAGGCAGAGGCUGCGGUCCCUGGGGCACUGGCCAACUCACCCUUGGAGGGCCUGCACUUGGGCCUGGACCAAGACGCAGAGGCUGGGCCCGGGCCAAGGGGCAGCUCGGUCCUGCGGCCCCUGCUGCACGCCGGGAAAGCCUCCAGCCCCUCGGACAUGCCUCGGGACUCGGGCAUUUACGACUCAUCGGUGCCCUCCUCGGAGCUGUCCCUGCCCCUAAUGGAAGGACUCUCGGCAGAUCAGACAGAAACAUCUUCGCUGACAGAGAGCGUGUCGUCCUCCUCCGGCCUGGGUGAGGAGGACCCUCCUACCUUUCCUUCCAAGCUCCUCGCCUCCGGGACGUGCAAAGCAGACCCUGGUUGUUGCAGCUACACUGGUGAACUCCACGUGGUCGCCCCUUUGUAACGAAACGGAAGUAGAGUCUAAGCAUUGCCACUUUAGCUGCCGCCUCUCUCUGGUCCCCCAGCUCUUCUCUCUGGUUGCGCAGUCCACUUGGAGCUGAGGUCUCCGACAAGGAUAUUUGGAGUGAAAUUUGGGCCAGUACUUGCUCUCCAUGCCCCAUCCCUCUACCUGGUAUCUUGGCCAAGUCUCCAGUUUUCUCAAACCAUAUGGGUAUCUCUGAAAGGCAUAUCCAUAAGGCCCGACAGCAGCUUGUCCCGUUAGGUCAGACCUUGGAUUAGAGUCGGUUCUGGGAGGUAGGGAGGAAACCGGCACGGAGAUGCAGGAACAUACCUGCGCUGA